AUGCGGCUUUCUGUCUUUAUUGUAUUUAUUCAAAGCGGAUCAUGGUGGUCAAAGUGGGGUGAUUCUUUUGUUACUGGGGGAUUUAAAAAUUGGAGAAAGAAAGAAAAAUUUAAUGAACAUGUUGGAAAUCAGAGCAGCAUUCACAACAGGUGUAUGAUGGCGGCUUAUGAUUUAAUGAAUCAAAAACAACAUAUUGAAACUUGUUUGGUCAAUCAGUCUAGUCAAGUAGUUAUCGAUUAUCGUGAUCGUUUGACAGCAUCAAUUGAUUGCAUAAGAUUUCUUGUGCGUCAAGGAUUAGCAUUUCGUGGUCAUGAUGAAUCAACAAACUCACUCAAUCAUGGUAAUUUUCUUGAACUGUUAAGAUUUCUUGCUGACCAUAAUGAGGAUAUCAAUAGAGUUGCAUUCGACAAUGCUCCCUCAAAUCUCAAAUUGACAUCGCCUGAUAUUCAGAAAGAUAUUAUCAAAUCCAUUGCUUAUUUAACCACUAAUUCUAUUCUUGGAGAUCUCGGUGAUGAAUUAUUUACUAUAUUGGUUGAUGAGGCUCGUGAUAUAUCUGUUAAAGAACAAAUGACAGUUACUUUACGGUUUGUAGAUGAAAGGGGAAAUAUUGUUGAACGCUUUCAAGGCAUUGUACAUGUAAGCGACACUACUGCCUUAUCACUUAAAACUACUAUUGAUUCUUUAUUGUGCCAACAUGGAUUAUCUAUAUCUAAUUUGUCGGGGCAAGGAUAUGAUGGAGCUAGCAAUAUGAGAGGAGAAUUCAAUGGCUUAAAAAACUUAAUUAUGAUGGAGAACCCAUCUGCCUAUUAUGUUCAUUGUUUUGCUCAUCAACUACAACUUACACUUGUAGCUGUUGUUGAAAAUCACAUCAGAAUUUCUACUUUUUUUUGA